GUGUGUGUAUCCAUGAAUGUACGUCACCAUGAUGAUGACCGACCAGCUGAUGGACUUAGCUCCGCCUCCGCUGCUGAACGAGCUGCCGCUGAUGCAACACAUGGUUAAUGGAGACGCAGCGCAACAGGUGAUCCUGGUACAGGUGAAUCCAGGGGAGACCUUCACCAUCAGAGCGGAGGACGGCUCGCUGCAAUGCAUCCAGGGUCCUGCUGAGGUCCCAAUGAUGUCCCCCAAUGGAUCAAUCCCCCCCAUCCACGUCCCCCCAGGAUACAUCUCCCAGGUGUUAGAAGACAACACAGGAGUGCGUCGGGUGGUCGUCACCCCGCAGUCUCCUGAAUGUUAUCCCCCCUCGUUCCCCGCUCUCUCCCCCACGCACCACCUCCCGCCGUACCUCACCCACCCCCACUUUAUCCCCAACUCUCACUCCUUCUAUCCCCCUGUUAGUCCUGGAGACCUGCCCCCCCACCAGUACUACCAACACCACCUCCCGCCCAUAUAUGGAGAAGAGAUAAUCCCAGUGUAUGGGAUGUCCAGCUACGUUGGCAGAGAGGAGAGCUAUAACAAGCCCCCGCCUAAGAAGAUGAAGGAGCAGAGACAGCUGGAGCGACAGAACAGACUCAACUCUCCCCCCUCCUCCCUGUACAAGUCUCUGGGCUCCAGCCACAAUGGAUACAGCGGGAAGAGCCACGUCCCUUCACUAGUGUCAUUGGGGUCAAUGGGCGGAGCUAACAGUCCAGGAGGGAAGAAGCCGGAACGACGACAACUACGGAGCAGCCCAAGGAGCAACGAGCCAGACACACACACACAAUCACCGCAAGAUCACGACUCGGAGGCAAAGAGAGUUCAGGAAGUGCUCUCCGCCAUCGACAAACCACAGGUGUCCAACGUGCACGCGCGGGGUGCUAGGUUGUCCUGGGCUCCCCCGGUCGGGCUGGUAAACCGGUUCAGCAACAGCCAGUCUCUCACCUACGAGGUCUCUCUGUCCGACAAGGGACGGGACGGCAAAUACAGACUUAUAUACAGUGGAGAGGAGUUGGAGUGUCAUCUAAAAGACCUGAGGCCAGCUUCAGACUACCACGUACGAGUCAGCGCGGUGUGUAACUCUAACUUGAGGGGUGUGUGUUCGGAGACGGGGUCGUUCACAACACACACCUGCCCCCCCGACCUGCCCUUCCCCCCCAAACUAUCUCACCGCACCAAGAGCACCCUCACACUGCAGUGGAAGCCUCCAGUCGACAACGGAUCCAAAAUCACAAACUACCUUCUGGAGUGGGACGAGGGAAAGAAGAACAGUGUAUUUAGAGAAUGUUACUUUGGGAGCCAGAGACACUGUAAACUGACCAGACUGUGUCCUGCUGUGGGCUACACCUUCAGAGUGGCUGCUCACAACGACAUAGGCACCAGUGGUUUCAGUACGGAGGUUGUGUUCUACACUACAGGUACGCUGCCCUCCUGCCCCCUGGCACCGCGGCUGCUGCGGGCGGGCGUCUCCUGGGUCACGCUGGAGUGGGGCCGUCCCGAGGGCAGCGCCAACGAGGAACUAAUCACAUACACACUCGAGAUCCAGGAGGAUAAUACCGGAACAGACUUUCAUCCGAAGUACACUGGAGACAACCUAACCUCCACAGUGCAAGGCCUGAAGAGGAGCACACAGUACAAAUUCAGGCUGAUAGCGUCUAACGUGGAGGGUGGCAGUAAACCCAGUGAAGUGUUGGUGUGUACUACCUGUCCUGACAAACCUGGACCCCCUUCUCCCCCCCGAGUCACGACCACUACAUCUUAUGGCUUCACCAUCACCUGGGAUCCUCCCCAGGACAAUGGAGGUUCAGAAGUUCUGACAUAUCUGCUGGAGAUCUCAGAAGGAAGCUCUGACGCGGGCCAGUGGGAGGUGGCGUACAGCGGCCCCGCUACAGAGUGUGUGUGUGAAGAACUGACGCCUGGCACAGUUUACCGCCUGCGAGUGUGUAGCAUCAGCACCGGUGGACACAGCCAGUGUUCCUUCAGCGUUCCGGUUCGGACGUUGAGCGUCGUCCCCGAACCCUGCCAACCACCCAGGAUCGUGGGUAAAGCCAAACACAAGGAAGUACAGUUAGAAUGGGACGGCCUGACAUCAGAAGGUGUGUGUGAGGAGUGUAUGUUCAGUCUGGAGAUGACAUCAUCAGAGGGCGACGCUGAGCCCAGUGAGGUGUACAAUGGGACAGAGCUGCAGUGCAGUGUGGGUAGCCUGCUGCCGGGGGCAACCUACAACUUCAGACUGAGGGCUGCCAACGAGGCUGGGUUUGGAGAGUACUCUGAGGCGGUGGAGGUGACGACAGCAGCGGGUCCUCCAGGCCAGUGUGUGGCGCCACUCAUCACUCUGAACAACACCACCUGUCUAACAGUCAGCUGGGAGAGUCCUGAAGGAUCAGGCUCUGACAUAUCAGAGUAUCGCCUAGACUGGUCCAGGGAGGAGGAGCCUAUGGAGCUGAUCUACUGUGGACCAGAGACCCAGUGUGAAGUAUCAGACCUGACCCCCGCAACACACUACUGCUGUAGACUACAGGCGGUGAACCAAGCGGGGGCGGGGCCUUACAGUGAACAGAUGACCUUCCAGACUCCAGCGACUAAUCCCGACGCAGUCUCUUCUUUCUUCCUGCUUGACCAGCUCCAAUCAGAUCAGUCCCCCUCCACCUGCCUCUUCCUGAAGUGGGAGGAGCCUAACUGUAAUGGGGCGGAUAUAACGUCUUACAUCAUCAGUCUGGACGAUCAACUCAUUACCGUGGAUACAGGAACCAGUCACCUGAUCACCGACCUUCAGCCAGACAGCCAGUACAGUGUGCAGAUCCAAGCGGUGAAUGUGAUUGGCUGUGGCCCGUUGAGCCCACCCCUGGUGGCUAGGACACGCCCCCUCCCUCCGGCUCCUCCUCCUUUGGAAUGUUCGGCUGCCGGCCCCCAGAGUCUGAAACUGAAGUGGGGGGAGAACGCUGCCCACACACACACCCGCGCCCUGCUCUCCAAUGACAUGUUCUACACACUACAGAUGGAAGAUAAGAACCACAGGUUUGUGUGUAUCUACAGAGGUCCCAGUCAUACUUACAAGGUUCAGCGCCUGACAGAGUCCACCAGCUACCGGUUCAGGAUCCAGGCAUGUAGUGACGCAGGGGAGGGACCCUUCUCAGACACGCAUACCUUCUCUACCACCAAGACUGUACCCUCCGCACUCAAAGCUCCCAGAGUGCACCAGCUGGAAGGGAAUGUGUGUGAGGUCACCUGGGAGGCCAUUCCACCAAUGAGAGGCGACCGUGUCAAUUACGUCCUUCAGGUGCUGGUUGGACGAGAGUCAGAGUACAAACAGGUGUUUAAGGGAGAAGAGAGUGCCUUCCAAAUCACCGGGCUCCAAGGCAACACCGACUACCGUUUCCGUGUGUGCGCCUGCCGCCGUUGCCAGGAUACCAACCAUGAACUCUGUGGCCCUCUUAGUCCCUCCUCCCUGUUCACCUUGCGUCGCCAGGAGCAACCGUGCCUGGGGGAGACCAGCGCCGUGGAGACGGUGAAAGGGGCGGGGAUAAUAUCCAGUGAUGAGCGCUUUGCGGCGGUCGUGGUGUGUGUGUUCGCCGGUGUCUCCAUCCUCAUGGCCUGUCUGCUACAAUACUUCUUCAUGAAGUGAGGGAAUGAAUCGGCAACAGGAUAGAAAAGAGAAAAGAAAGCGAUAGCGAAAGAAAACGAGCAUCUACUAAAGAAAGGAAAGAAAACAAACACUUAAGAAUCAAGUGCAGGAUAGAAAGAGAAAAAAACCGAGAGAGGAAACAGACUUCAAA